AUGGUUCAAAAAUGGUACCAUGCAGUCGUUUCGCGACUAAUAACGGUAUGCUUCCUUACUGUCCUAAUGAUCUGUGCAAUAUGGCACAAUUUCUUUACGUCCCAUCUGCUCAAGCGCAAACAGCGUAUCAUAUUAGAUCCGCGUGAUACCAGGGCCGCUAAUGUGAUCACACCUCAAACAACUGGCCAUUCACAUAUGGUGCGCAGAAGGACCGAGUCGUUCAGCUCCCUAGUUCCACUGGAAGUCGAUGUGGAAGUCGAUGAUGUAAACAAUAUCGAGUAUGAUCGUACCAUAUCAAGAAGAACGGAACUUAAAGACUCUGAUUUCAAUCCAUUUUCCGAUAUCUUGUCUGCUGAAGAUUUGAAGCUAGUUCCAAAUCUCCAGUAUUACUAUUCCCAAUACAAUAUUAUCAUCGAUGAAUAUGAAGUAACAACAAAGGAUGGCUUCAUUUUAGAGCUUUGGCAUUUGAGAAACGAGAACGAGGGGAAGACAAACACGAAGUACCCUGUUUUAAUGUUACAUGGACUUUUACAAAGUAGUGGUUCUUUUGCGUCUAGUGGCAGGAAGUCAUUAGCUUAUUACAUGCACGAUUCGGGCUACGAUGUGUGGUUAGGAAAUAAUCGUUGUGGAUUCAACUCUAAAUGGGAUAGAGAAAAGCUGACCCCCAACGGUGAAUGGGAUUGGGAUCUAGAUUCUAUGACCAGAUAUGACCUUGAAGCCCUUAUUGAAAGUGUCCUCCAAAAAAAGCAAAAUAAGUUUGAGAAGCUUACCUUAGUGGCCCAUUCCCAGGGUACCACACAAGCUUUUAUGGGACUUGUAAAUGGUGAAGAGAUCUACAAAAAUACAGAGUUCAGAUUGAGUGAUAAAUUAGAUAAUUUAGUUGCAUUAGCACCUGCUGUUUAUCCCGGUCCACUACUCGAUGAAAAAUAUUUCGUUAAGUUUAUGGCGAAACACAUAGAUAAUCGCUGGGUAUUCGGAAACAAAUCAUUUGUACCAAUGAUGAUGGAGAUGAGAAAUUUGUUGGCCGGACACAAGAUAUUCUCAUUUUUGUCUUACGUCAUGUUCAACUACUUGUUCAACUGGAACGAUAUUUUAUGGGACAGACCCUUGCGUGAUAGACAUUUCCUAUUUUCUCCAGUGCAUAUAUCUGUGAAAUUGAUGCAAUGGUGGUUAAGUCUUAACCCUUUAAAGUCAAGCUUCAAGACUUUCGCCGAAGACAUGUUCCCCGACAUCAAGACCUGGUUCCCAAUACAAAAUGAAACAGUAAGUAUGGAUGAACAUUUACACAGAAAUCAACAUAAACCUUUGCCAGAAAAUUGGCCAAAGAUUUUACUCUUCACACCCAGGCAAGAUAGACUUGUAGACGGAGAAAGAUUGAUUAAUCACUUUAUCAACCACGAACCACACUCUGUCUACAAAAUCUGGUAUAUUGAUGAGUAUUCACAUUUGGAUGUUCUAUGGGCCAGUGACGUUAUCGAAAGAAUUGGUAACCCAAUGCUUGCACAUUUGAGAAUUCCGAAACCGACAUUUGCCAGUUAA